CGAAAGAACAAGAAUCGAGGGCGAAGAAAUCAAAUUGGUUUGCACUAGCUCGUGAAAAAGAUAUUGGAUAUUGGAUACGCGCUCAAUCGUUAGCAUUCAAAAAUGUCCGUUGUCCUCGGGGUUUUACUCCUGACGUUGGCUUUGAUUUGUAGCGGCUUGGAAGUUCGUUUGAAGGCUAAUGGGGAAGUUGGAACUUUUCUUUCGGCGGUAAAGUUGGAAGGUCUUCCGUACUUCAAACGUUCUGUAAAUUUCUCAGUUCCCGUGACUGUGAACUACGAAAUCACAGGGGUUAACGACCCAUCUGCUGUUAAAUUGUCUUGGAAACUUAAUGGCGAAGAAAUUUCAGUUAAACGACGUGAUGCAGCUGAUAAACCUAUCCUUCACGGAGAUUACUCCUCAGAGAAAUUCUCUGAAUCCACUCAUACUUUGGAAGUCACUUUGCAUUUAAAUCAUAAAGGCCCGGUUCCUGGAAAUUAUACUUUAACUGCAACAACCGACGGGAUUACAUCUUCGGGUUCUGGCUUUGCAUACAGUCCACCAAUCCUUCCAUUGUUCACUAAACCAAAACGUGUUUUGGAAGGUGAUAUUAUGCGAUUGAUUUGUCGUGUAAGUAGUUAUCCUCCAACAGUCUCUGUAAAAUGGAGUUUUGCACCUGUACAAGCUAGUCAUAUGGAUGAUGAACAUGCUUUGAAUACAGCUCUACAUCAUUUACAACCUUUAAUGACUAAUGAAACGCAUUAUGUGCUAGAAUCAAGUGAUGGUACACUGAAUGAUACUCUUCGUUUUUUGGAAUUAAAAGGAAGUGAUAAUGGUUUGUAUGCAUGUAAUGUUUCAUCUGAACGUGGUUCUGAUUUCACAUUGAUGAUUGUCAAUGUUAAAGAUCGUUGGGCAGCUCUUUGGCCAUUUAUUGGAAUUAUUAUUGAAGUUACUAUAUUAGUUAUAGCUAUCCUACUAUAUGAACGUCAUCAAAUGCAUACAAAGCCAACUAAUCUUCCUUCUGGUAAAUCUGAUACUACCACUGGUGGUGCUGGUGCUAUUUCUGGUCAAGAUAAUGUAUCUGCUACAACAAUGCCUAAUAAUAAAACUCAAAAUAAUAAUAAUAAUAUCAGUCAAAAUAAUCUUACAGUUCCUGUUCAUGCUAAUGAUGUCAGCACUGAAAAUGCAGAUGGAAGAGAUCAAAAAAUCGAUGAGAUUCGUUUACGUGCUCAUGCCAAAUAAGUGUUCGUAUUUGGUUUUACAUUAACAAAGAACAUCUACAAUGAUAUAACCUUUGCACAGUGUGUGACACUCAUGUUUUCAAUGGGUACACAUGCGCGCGCACAAUGCUGGCUGGUAUUGUAAUUAUUAUUAUUAUUAUUACUAUUAUUAGAUAAAAAUCUACUCUUUUUAUGUCUGCAUAGUUUCUUAUUCAUUUCGGUUGAUGAUCAUUCAUUCAUAAUCAUAAUAAUAAUACACUAGUCUAAAUUUUCAUUGAUUCAUGUGUAUAGUAUAUUAGGUUUCACUUUUUGAUUAUAUUUCUUACUUUAAAAUAAAAUCUCGACAUAGUAUUUAAUUUAUUUAUCUGUUACUUACUCACUGCCCUCAUUGUGUCUGUCUGUCUACUGUGUGUGUGUGUCUCUGUCUCUUUCUCGCUCAUGUGAACUUUCAUUCAAUCAUUGAUCUGUUGUCGUCUAUUUUUGGCAUUUGUGUUCAUUCAAUCAUUCAUUCCUAUUCUGAUUCAAUUACAUUUUGUUUGUUACGGUAUUUCACUGAUCAAAUGAAUUCAAACGGCCAACAACCAACUAUAUACAUACUGAUAUGUUAUGUAUUCUUGUUUUUCUAUGAAAACAAGUUCAUUCAUUCAUUUACACUGAUAUGUGGGCAUUAUCUGUCCACGUCCUCCGCCGCCCUGCCCCCUCACCACCCACACACACUACAUAAAAUAAACAAUAUUUUUAAAAAUCAAUAAUUACUUUUUUUUUGUCUCUUGAUGAUCAUUUUUUUAAAAUGUGCAUUAUAUAUACAUAUAUGUGUAUUUUUUGCUCUUUGCUUGUGACCUUGACCUUAAAUUAUUUGAUUGUCAAUGAUGGCCGAUUGCAAAAUAAAUUAAUGAAUGAGAAAGUACGAGGUACUAUAUAAUUUUUAAGUAGUAGUGAUGAAUGCUGUGAACGUUUAUUAUAUUAGAUAGAGAAAAAAUAAAUUUACCGAAAAAAAAUUUUUUUUGACAUUUUGUUUUAAUCAUUGAAUUUGUUUGUGUUUAUGCUGUGUGUUUUUUGUCAUAUAAUAAUGAAAUAGAAUGAGCCGAAAUUAUAA